AUGCCGAUUCGAAACCCUUUUGCCAGGAAGGCUGGCAACGACGAGAACUUUCGCCCCGAAUUAUUGUCUGCACAAGAUGCGUCACAUCCCGGUUUUGAACGGGUCGACACCGUCGGAUCCAAGGCCUCGUCUGCCCUGAGCAUUCGAAGCAACAAGAGCCGAGACAAUGGCGAUUACAAGAUGAGCGUUGUCAACGACAGUGGUGUCUAUCUCCCGCCCUCGCCAAGCGAAGAGAAAGGCCUCUGGCCGCGACGACCCGGUAUUCCCACGAGGACGUCGAUGGAUACACGAAGCAGCCUCGGCGACAUUGAACAUUUCUCCAUCUCACGAGAAUCAUUUGAUUCGUACAGACGGUCCUUUGACAUUACUGCCAGAGCACCCAUUGUGCAUGAUAUCCCAGCGCGAACAAGUCUCGACUCUGCGCGCUUCCCACGCAUGCCUAGAACAUCAGUCAGAGACCGCUCUUUUGAUCGCGAGCCUCCCACGGCUGAAGAAGGCUUCGAAGAUGUCGGCCUCAACGAUGAUGCCACCAACAAGCCACAGCAGCAGGCGCCAAAGAAACGAGGCCUGUUCGCCAGGUUCGGAGACUCACAAGAACCCAGCACACAUAGUCAAGGCAUGUCUCGAUUCAUUCCUGGCCGAAAGAGAGCACAAAGCGGGCAAGGGGCAGAACUAGGACACAUUGAGAGGCCAACAUCAUCCCAAUCAAUGGAAGGCCAAGAGAUGCAAUAA